UUCGGAUUCAGUUGCUUGCGACCGUUACAACAGCCAGUUGAUUCGAGCGAUUCGAAGCGGACCGAUUCGUGGUGUCGUCGUCGUUUUGUCGUUGAUUUCCGUUUUGUGCAUUCAGAUAAAGCCAGGUCUUGACUUGACUUGAUUCUCGACUGGGCCUUAAAUCGAAACCGAAACCGAAGUUGGCUAAUGGAAAAUAGACAAACAAACAAAGCACGAAUUUUGUUUGCCGCGCAUUAAAAAAAAUCUAAAACCUUGCCUUCUUGGUUGUUUUAAAAAUGAGUAUUACCUAAAACAAAACCAGAAUUAAAAAGUGCGGUUAUUAAAUAAGACAUCUUUAACAAAAUAGUUAAAGAAAGUCAUCUGAAAAGUGCAAGAAAAAUUAAAAUAAAACCCAGUAAAACAAAAGUUUUUCGUGCGAACGCCUUAAAGUGAUUUCCUCAGCGUGUGUCUGCGGGAUAAGCAAAAACCAGCAAAAUUUACUGCUUUGGGAACUCCGAUUUCAACAUAAACACCAACACCGCCAGCACCAUCAACCCCCCCAGCGGCAACAACACCCACCUCCAGAUUCUGCACCACCAGCUCCACCCCCAAAACAGUGCGAGAAUGCUGUUCGAGAAUCCGGCGGUUGCGGCAAAGUUGCCCUUCCCGUACAACGUGCCUCCGCCUCUGCAAGCGGCGGCGGCAGCAGCAGCGGCUGUCCCAAAUCUAAGGUUUCAGACACCCAUUAAAGCGUUUGCCUGCCUGACAGCAGCCACAAGGUCAGUAUCGGAGAUGAACGCCACUUCUCUAUAUGCCGGCAAUCCAAUGGAGAAUGCGGCCGCAGCAGCCGCCGCCGCAGCAGCGGGACUCAUCGAUCCGCAUCACAAUCGGGAUUUGCACCAGGCUUUGGUGGCCUCGAUAGCCAACAAUGGUGGAGUGGCCACAAUUGGCGGUGGAUUGACCACAGCGGCGGCGGUCUUGAAAAGUGCCGCCCAGCAGUCCCAGCAGGCGGUACAACAAAGCCAAAAUUCAGUGGUGGUAUCUUCUGGGCAGGAUCAGCCCUCCAAUCAGGAGCAGGCCCAACAGGCAGCCCUUGCUCUGCUCAAGGAGAACGUAAAUGCCAACGCCGGGGCGGGCCAAAAUAAUGGUCAACCAUCGGCCAUGGGGGGUAGCAACAAAAGUGGCUCCUCCGGCAGAUCCACACCCAGUUUGAGCGGAGGCAGUGGCUCCGAUCCUGCACCAGGAAAGCUCUUCGUUGGCGGCCUCAGCUGGCAAACAUCAUCCGAUAAACUCAAGGAAUACUUUAACAUGUUCGGCACUGUGACCGAUGUGCUCAUCAUGAAGGAUCCAGUCACCCAGCGCAGUCGCGGCUUUGGUUUCAUCACAUUCCAAGAACCCUGCACCGUGGAGAAGGUCCUCAAGGUGCCCAUCCACACACUCGAUGGCAAGAAGAUCGAUCCCAAGCACGCCACGCCAAAGAACCGACCUCGCCAGGCCAACAAGACCAAGAAGAUCUUCGUGGGCGGCGUCUCGCAGGACACCUCCGCCGAGGAGGUCAAGGCCUACUUCAGCCAAUUCGGGCCCGUGGAGGAGACGGUGAUGCUGAUGGACCAGCAGACGAAGCGCCAUCGUGGCUUCGGGUUCGUCACCUUCGAGAACGAGGAUGUCGUUGAUCGCGUCUGCGAGAUCCACUUCCACACCAUCAAAAACAAGAAGGUGGAGUGCAAGAAGGCCCAGCCCAAGGAGGCAGUCACUCCGGCUGCCCAGCUCCUCCAGAAGCGCAUUAUGCUGGGCACCCUGGGCGUACAGUUGCCCACAGCUCCGGGCCAGCUGAUUGGAGCCCGUGGCGCCGGCGUGGCCACCAUGAACCCGCUGGCCAUGCUGCAGAAUCCCACACAGCUGUUGCAAUCCCCGGCAGCCGCCGCCGCCGCAGCUCAGCAGGCCGCCCUCAUAUCACAGAACCCGUUUCAAGUACAAAACGCCGCCGCGGCCGCCUCGAUGGCCAAUCAGGCGGGCUUCGGCAAGCUGCUGACCACAUAUCCGCAAACAGCGCUGCAUAGCGUGAGGUAUGCACCCUACUCGAUCCCUGCCACCGCCGCCACUGCCAAUGCCGCCUUGAUGCAGGCCCAUCAGGCGCAGAGCGUGGCCGCCGCUGCCCAUCAUCACCAGCAGCAGCAACAGCAGCAGCAUCACCACCAGCAGCAACAGACCCACAACGCCCAUGUGGCCGCCGCCCAGCAGCAGCAGCAGAAUCACCACAACGCCGUCUCGAAUUCCGCUUCGCAGGCGCACUCGGCGGCAGCGGCUGCCGCUUUGGCGGCCAAUGCGGCGAAUGGAGCAGCUGGAGCCGGAGCCCACAGCUUGGCCGCUGCCGCCCAGCAGGCGGGACUGAUGGCCGGCAAUCCGCUGAAUGCCGCAGCUGCCGCCGCCGCCGCUGCUGCCAAUCCGGCGGCAGCCUACUCCAACUAUGCACUGGCAAAUGUGGACAUGUCCAGCUUCCAGGGCGUCGACUGGAGCACCAUGUACGGCAUGGGCAUGUAUGUCUAAGACGCGCGGGUUAUGUUUGGUAAUUUUUGAAUGAAACACACUCACCAACCAUACACACCACCCUUAGUUGUAGCACCAUACAAAAUCCACAUGGCCCCCACAUCCAUAAUUAUUCAUAGAACAACCACACAGAAACAGAAAAAAAACACUCUCAUUCGAAGUUGGUAUUCCUUUGAGUUUGGCUUAGUUAGUUGUCCGAUACACGGAAGGCAAAUUAAGUAUUAUAUUUAAGGAGCCCUCGGGCGAGUUCAAUAAAUACUAACUAACAUAUAAAUAUAUAUAUAUAUAACAAAUCAUAAGCAAUAUAAGCAACAAACAAACAAAACAAAAAAAGGAAGCAAAGCAAAGCGAAAUCAAGAAAAAACUAAAUUCAAAACCAAAAAGCAAAAAUUACGGAGCGAUAUAGAAGCAAAAGAAGAAAAACACAUUAAAAAACCACCGAUUGUGAUUGCGUUUAAAUGUAGCCGUUAAUAUAUAAUUUUUAGUGCAUAAAAUAAAACCAUUAAACCUAAAACUAAAUUAAAAUAAACAUAAACAUAAAUAAAAAACAACAAGUAAAUAUGGAAACAUAUUUAUAAAAAGCAAGAGCAAGAAAUGAAUCUUAUAAGUUAACCAAUUUAGGCGCUCACUAAUUGAAAUCGAAGAAUUUUUUAAUUUUUUUUGGAGCCCUAAAAUCUCAACUGAAAUAAAAGAGAAACUCCUGCAAGGGCAGUAUUAAUUAACUGAAUGAAACUGCAAAAGAAAACAAUUUGCUCAAGACAAAGAGAGUAUUUGAUAAAUGUUUAAACCAAGCUAACGCAACUAAAGCGAAGAAUCCCUAAACGAAACUAUUAUUUUAGAAGUUUAGUUGAGUUCGAAUUUAAUUCACCCAGCAUAGUUUACAACAACCUAAUUUAACCAAACACCAACGGACAUCACCAACUCAACUCUCUUACACAAAUCUCCCUACCAUACUCCUUUCUUCUAUCUUUCUAACUCUGUUCUUUGUACUUAAUAAUACUAUAUAAUAAUACAAAAACCACAACGAACAAACCAAAUUUUUGUUGUGUUCUGUGUGUACGACUCUUAUUUGAUUUAGUUUUAGCACUAGAUUAGUCUCCACUCAAUCUCAACCAUUUGUAGCAAGUAAAUUAAUAACAUUUGUUGAACAUUUUGGCAUAUGCAUAUUAUCAUUGUUAUUAUUACUAUAAUUUUGACAGCCAAGACUAUCGGUUUCUUUUUAAGUUCUUAAGAAAUUCAAAUGAAAAAAUUCCUUAGGGCACUACUAAUCCUUAGAUUAUCCAUCCUCUUUCCAAUUCGUAUUUCAUUUGCAUAACCAUAAAAAAAACUCAUGAACCAGGUAACAUUACUUUACUGUAGCUUAUUGUUUAAAAUGGCACAAUCUUAGUUUUUAAUAUUAUUUUGUAGCAUUUGCAUUUGAUUUUGCAUUCGAAAAAUACUUCACCCAUUGAAACCAAGAAACAAAUUUGAAAUAAGAAGAAACCGGGUAAAAAUACUUCCUGGAUAGUUAUGUAUUUGUCUCAUUUGAUUCGCUUGCAUGUUUGAAGUUUAAUUUUAAUUACUAGUUAUCAUUUGGAAAGUAAUUUUUUGCGUAUGUAAAUAUUUAGUUUAUAUACAUUACACACAUACACACAUUAUAUGGAAAACAAUGAAACAUUUGAAGUAAUUUUUGUGUUUAAUAAAAACCAACGAACAAAACAACAAACAACUUUUGCUAUGAGUUGAGCAAACAUUUGUGUUUUCUUAUGAUUUGAUUUGAUUAAUUUGAAUGUAAAUAUUUGAUGACAUACUGUAUUAUUUGAUUUGAUUUGAUUUACCUCGUAAAACACACUCUUGUAUCUGUUGUUGUGCUGUGCUGUCUUUCUCUCUAUUUUUCACCCAUGUGUAGACUUUAUUACAUUUUGAUGCAUUUGCCAGUACCAAAAAGUUAACGAUUGUGCGAUUAUGGAGAAUUGUUUUUAAUUCCUGUAGAUUUUCGCCUCGAGGGGUGAGUAUGAUGUAUUAUCGAUUUCGUAUACCAAAGAUCUUGCAUAUUAACCAAAUUUAUUUUCACAUUUGCUGGGCUGAAUUCGAGUCUCGAAAACCAUCUCCAUAUACAUGCAGAAAUUAAUUAAUUUAUUUAUUUAUUGUUUAUGCUUAAGACUCUAACACAUUCCACACAUGCUAUGGUGCCAUUUACUUAUCAAUAUUAAUAUUUAUAAUUUUUUAAACUCCUUUGUCAGAUCUCGAUCUCAAAACAAUUGCUUUUAGCUUAAGAUUGAUUUUUCCCUGCCAGUCCAAGAAAAAAAAUACGAUAAAUUCCUUUUGAUUCCGUACACACUUAUUUUGUUCUAUUGACAUAGUUUAUAAAGCAAACCAAAUAAAAAAAUGUAUAUUUAAAUACUGCAUUUUUCAUUAUUAUAUAUUAGCCGAUAACGCAAGAAGUCAAAAAAUGCUCUCAUAAUUGCCUAUGUUUAUGUAAUACUUCGAAAACAUAUUAUAAUUUAUGUUUAAUUUUCCGUAUGCCUUAAAAAUUAUUCAAAGCCAAAAAAAAGUCGGCGAAUUACUUAGUUAUUUGUUCUUGUAACAGUUGCAAAAGUCUUAAUUCGUUAUAAAACCAUAUACCUUUUAUAUCUAAUGAAAUGUUUUGUUUUCCAUUCUCGUACCAAAGAUAUAUACCCAAAGUAGAAGCUUGCUAAUUUUGAUAUAUAGUAACCAGAUCGAACAUAUUUAUAUAGCGCCCUCUCUAUAAAUAUAUACAUAUACAUAUAUAUAUUUUUUAAUUGGCAAUAUUAAUAGUUGAAUUGAUCAAUAGGCUGGUUGAUAUGUAAUUAGGUAUCCUUUUUUAAAUCGGAAGAUGUAAACUUUAAAAAGUUUCUCAACUUGUUAUAAAAGAUUAUUGACAACGAAAAAAUCUAUUACUUAUCAGCCAGCCCCCAAAACAUCUUAUUUUCGUGUCGUAUAGAGUCGUCGUCAGGAGUUUUUUUAUUCUGUGCAAAACUACAUAGUUCAUGUUAAAUCAUUAUUUACCGGGCAAAAUACUAUAUAAAGAACUUGCUGUAAUAUAAUUCCAACAAAACACACUGCGAAUUGGAGUUUUUAUUUCGUUUUACUCGUAGGAUUACCAACUUAUUGACAUACAACAUAUUUAGAUAAACAUAGUUAUUUAUUCCUAUAUAAUAGAUACAUAUAUACACACAUUUAUGAAACCAAACGCAUGACGAAACAUGUACAGUAGUCAAUUGAGUAACAUCCUUUAUAUGUACGACGGCAAUCUCCCAGAUAGUACAGAAAGAACCCCAUAUCAUCUUUCACAGUUCUUUCCCCAGCCGAGAUCCCAGAAGUCCCCCAUUAAUUAGCAAGGCAUUAGCAUUAACUAUUUACUAUAUACCUACAUCAUACACACAUACAUCAUAUGACAAUAAGAUCAACUGUGUUUCAGCAUUCAAGUGUCAGUAUUCGUAAACCAAAUUACCUAUCAAACUGAGCAAGUACUUAAACUAUAUAAUCUGAUCAACAAGAAAAUCAAUCUGAUUUGGAAUUCGGGUUGGGAUUGGUAUUGGAAAGCGGUUUUAGAAAUUUGAAUAGUUGGUUUAGAUAGAGCCUUGAAAUAUAUGUUCUCCCGAGCAACUCAAGUGGCGAAAACUUUAUAGAUAUUUACAUGCAUAUAUACAGAUAGAUACAGAUACAUAUAUAUAUACAUACAUACGAUGAUAUUUAGCAAGACCGUGAUAUAUUCAAUUAGUAAAACCAAAACAAAAAAUUAUAUAUUAUAUGUAUAUAUCAAUUAUAUAUUGAGGCGUCUCUCAAAAUGUGUCAAAUUUCAUACUAAGAGUAGAAUUUUUGGUAUACCCAGUAAAAAACCAGGGAAGAAAAGAAAGGAAAACAUUUCAUCAACUGUUGUUGUGAAGGCUAAAAAACCACGCAUAUCACUUUGAUGGUGUCAAAGCCAAUAGUUUUCGAAAUUUACCCAAGAAAACUAAAUCAAACGAUAAACUGAACUUGUGUAAAAAGAGGUUUGCUGAAGAAUACUCUUCUGGAAAUCUUCAUAAGUAUUCACCAAAAAAUGUGAAAAUAGCGCAGACAUCAAGUUUUCAUUUUGGAUAUGGUUUAGGAUGAUUUCAGUGACUAAUGAGGACCAAAUUUUUAGCAAAAUUCACAAAUCAGGUUACUAGAUCCUAAAGCAAAUAAAAGUGAAACCCCAACUAAACUAGUUUAAUUAGAACCUUUUUUAUUUGAUGACCUGGCAUUUUUUGGCUUCUUGCUUAUUUUUUGGCGUUGUUAUAAUUUACUUUCGAACCAAGCGCUAUGAAACACACAGCAACCAACACACUCUUAACAAGCUAGUCAAUUGAUGUGCAUAGGCACAAACUAAUUAUUUGAAAAACAAAUGCAGAAAGUGGUAAGUAACAAUAAAUGUAUAAGAUAAAAUGAAAACCAAAAAAUCGAACGUACACAAUAAAAUUUAAAAGCAAUUAUUUCCCUCGACUAAACCUGGGUAAUAUAAAAAACCAAAACACAAAACAUAUAAAUCACAUUAAAAAUGCUCCAAGAAACCUUUAAUUUAUCGUAUUGAGAAUUAGGUUAUAAGCUUAAAAUUAAGACCAAGUGUUAAAUAAUUUUGAAGCAAUGCGUACAAAGUAUUCAAGAGAUACUUUGACGAACAAGCUAUAUAUUUAUCGAUUGCUAAAAUUAUAUUUAAAUGCAUAAUGUAUUACUAAGAAAGAAUGAAGGGAAAGGCUACUUUUGCUCAUUUCAAAUGCUUAACAAAAUGCUAAAAUCAAAGACAAAACAAGUCGUAUUCAAAUAUAAUUUAAGUGUUAAGCAGGAAAAAUUCAAAUAUACUACAAAAAAAUUUAUAAAAACAAAACAAAUAAGAUAUAUAUAUUUAAAACAAGGAACAUGUUUUCUUAUAUAGCAAGGAAGGAUAAUUACUUUUACUGGCUCGUAACAUAUCAAUUAUACUGAGCUAUGUUUUGAAAGGGAAAGCAAAUUAAAUCGAACGAAUUCAACACCAAGUUCAAUUGAUACAACAGAGGAUUUUUAUUAAAGCUAAAUAAGAGAAAAAUCAUGAAUAAAUACCGAGGUGAGUAAAAUUUUAGCAGAAAGCCCUUGCUAAGACUUUCCUAAACGAAAAACAAAACUUAGACUCGUCUUCCAGCAACUAAUUGACAUGAAAAAAGUUCUUACACCAACAGUGACAACGGGAGUAAUAAAAUUUAGGGAAAAUAAAAUUCAGUUAUAUUUUGUCGAAAACCCCCGAUGAUUUCGAAACAAACAAAUUCCAUGGGGCAUACCGAGCUCAGCUUUUGGCUAUACUUGUUACACGUAAUCGUAAUCAAUCAGUACAAUUUUUGCAACGAGGAAUUUUAAACGAAAACAACCUUUUUAAAGAGUAAACGGUACAGAGCCAGGUUUUGGAUUUGGAUUUCAGGUUCUCCCGCUAAUAUUAUGAUUGUGGUAAAAUAACAAAAAUCGCUUUGACCUGUUACUAACAAAAACGUAAGCACAGACGUACUAACUGUUGUAAAUUUGUUUCUCCAAAGAUUGGAAUGAGGGUCAAGCAAAGAUAAAAACAAACUAUAUACUCGAUAAGCAAGUGCAUUAUAUUGAACGAUUUGGUAAACAAUUUGAAGGCUAGCCAUAAGUUUUCAAUAAAAAACGAUAUAACUUUUAGGCCAUAAGCAAACCAGUAAGAAAACCCCUUUGAAUUGAGUUUGGCUUGGGCUGAGAAUCGUAUCCAUAGAUCAAAAAGUAUCCAGUUCUACUAUAAUAGCCAACCUUAUAUACAUUUAUUUACGAAACGGUUAUUAUUUUAUUAGCUUGUAAAACGAGAAACAGAUAUAUUAUAUACAACACCCUGUAUCUUGUAACUGUAACUUGUAAUUGCUGUCGCUCUAUUUCUCGCUCUAUACUUGUAGCGAUGUUUAGACACUCAGUAUAUAUAUACUGAACUACAAUAUAUAAUUCUUUCGAUAUAUACAAAGGACAUGUAAAACGGUAUUUACUCUUUUUAGCCCAAAAACCCAAAAUUCCAAACCAUGAAAAAUUAAAGAAAUUGCUGACAAAAAUAAAAUGUGAACCCUUUAUGUAAUUUUCCUAUUGAAAAACUUCGUGGCAUAAACCCUUUUUGAAUUUAAUUGAAUUGAAAUGAAUAAACGAAAUGUGAAAGAAAAUUUUACAAAUAGAACCUUUGUAUUUGAUUUCAAAUAAAUGGAAUACGAGUAAAGAAUAACAUCUGGAAAAGUAUGUUUGUAAUUUGAAAGUAGCUUGCACGAAAUAAUUUUUUCCUGUAUAAUGCACAAAAAACUGAAGUGUCUGUAUAACAUAUUGUAUUAUUAAUGUUUAGAGUAAGAUUAGCUGUAACCAAAAAUAUAUUUAUACUCGUACUUAGUUCAUAGUUGAAUUAGAAACCACCGUCAUAUUAGACUUUGUAAAAUGUACUCGUAUAACGUACUCGCCGUUUUGAACUUGGUACCACGUAACCGUAAUCGUAAAAGUAAUGGUAAAUUGACUCAUUUAGUUUUUAUAAAAAACUCACUUUAUUAUCAGUAGCCUCUGAACUAUAAUUUUUUAUUGAUUAUUUUAUACCCGGUGCUCAGUGUAUAUUUUUGGAUAAAAAUAUAUAUAAAUGUUAUUAAAUUUGUUAAAAAGUUUUACAAAAUAACUUUCGAUUCUACCUGAGACAUUUUUUAAAUUAGAAAUUUUUAUUCCAUUUAAAAACUGCUUAACUGAAAUUUUCCAAUGAAACAUUUGAGUGCCGGCAGUAAUUUGUCGGUCUUGCCGACUAUUGAUUUUGUUUUUGUAACGAUUUGACAUACAAAGAUUCCAACAUUCUUUUAUUUGGUUCUAGUGUAUGAUACUCAUGCUUUUAGUGCAGUAAUUGCAGCAUUAUCCAUUAUCCAUUAUUCUGAUUUGUACAUAAAUUAAUGAGUGGUAUCCAAUUCUUCUUUGCAACAUAUAUUUUUAUUGCUUUAUCUUAAGCUUAAACACACAGAAGGCAAUGCAUGGUUUAUGAUAUACAAAAAAAUAUCUUAACUGAGAUCAAUGAUCAGCAAGCAAAAAGCAAAGAAAGCUAAGCUGUAUUUUAGUAAAUACAUAUGCGACAAUACCCUUUUUGUGUGAACUUAAAGUUUAUCAGAGAUUAUCCUCUAAGCAAAAGGUAAAUAAUAUGAUUCAACAAUUAACAGUCAGAUAUGAUAGGUAAUUUAGACGGACAACUUAUAAGCAAUAUAUAUACAUACAUAUAUAACUUUGAUACCGAUGUGUUAAUGUUGAGGAAAACUCAAGUAAUAGAUACUUAUAAAUAUAUAUUUGUAUUUUAAAGAUGUGCUACCGGAUGCACGAUCUUGAGCAUUAAAAUGACGACCCAAGAAGCUAACAUUAGACCCUAAGCGCUGAGUUGAAAUAUGAACCAAUUUAUUGAUACUCUGAAACACACUGUGUUGUUGUGUUGGUCGUUAUAAGAUAAAAAAAACAUAUAUACGGAAUAUACGGUUAAAGUCUCAAGCAAAAUUAAAUGUUUUACGUUGCAAGUGUUUGUGCAAUACCAAAUUAUAUACCAAAAUCAGCGACAAAAAAUUGUCAGAUUUCGAGAAGUUUUCGAAAUGCUGUUUCCAAAGUUGGUUGCUCUUAGCUUCUUAUGCAGUAUAAAUAUGAUAUUAUUGAAACUUAUAUAUUAUACAAAGUAUUUAUAGAUAACUAUAGAUUUGAUUAGAGCGUAGUACAUACAUGCACACUCAUUCACACAGAAAGACAGACAUCAGUUGGUAUUGUGUAAUCUUGAAUUUGCGUAAAAAUUUGCUGUUUGACCCACACAAAACUCAAACCAAACUCAUCUUAAAUGUUGCAGCGUAUUAAUAUAAUUAAUUAUAUAUAUAAUAUAAACAUAUAUACCACAAUAAAUGUUUCACAUAAAAUAA